UCGUCUGGAUGCCAACCACAUCUCCAGUGUUCCUCGGGGCUGCUUCGACGGCCUCCAGUCUCUACGUCACCUGUGGCUGGAUGACAACUCUCUGACAGAGGUGCCAGCUGACGCCCUGGGGGCCCUGUCCUCCCUGCAGGCCAUGACCCUGGCUCUCAACAGAAUCACACAUAUACCUGACCGGGCCUUCACUAACCUCUCCUCCCUCGUGGUCCUGCAUCUCAAUAACAAUAGAAUCCGCACCCUGGGAACGCAGUGCUUUGACGGCCUUCACAGCCUGGAGACUCUAGAUCUCAACUACAACAACCUGGAAGAGUUCCCUAUUGCAAUCAGAGCACUGAGCACCCUGAAGGAGCUGGGUUUCCACAGCAACAACAUCAAGUCCAUCCCCGAGCAGGCCUUCACUGGACACUCCACUCUUCUGACAAUGUAGGUCGACAUAACUAACGAUG